AUGGCGGAUAUACCAACCAUCAUGCCCGACGUGGAGAAGCUGGGCUCCCAGCUGGACAGACUGGAGGAUGCGCUGGAGCCUUUGCUGGGAAACAUCAGUGAGAUGGCCUCACAGCUGCCCCUGCUGGAUCGCGCCAAGCUAUUCUCUCUGACGGCAUAUGCUGUCGAAUCGCUGCUUUUCUCAUCCAUCAAGGUUCAAGGGGGAGACGCCCAGAAUCACGCAGUGUACGCUGAGCUUAAGCGGAUCCAGCAGUACUUUGCAAAGAUCAAGGCCGCCGAGGAACCAGAGACGAAGAGGACGCUCACCGUCAACCAGGAGGCAGCCGCACGCAUUCUCAAGGCCGAUCUGAGCGACAACAAGACGCUGAGCGCCAAGCUGGCUGAGAAGAUUGCCGAGGAACGCGCCAAGGCUCUGCUCAAGGCGGCAGAAAGCAAGAAGCGCAGCGCGGAAGAGGCUGCUCAGACUGCCAACUCAGAGACUCACGAAUCGCCAAGCCAGAAUAAGAAGGCAAAGACAAAAGGCAAGGGCAAGAACAAGAGCCGAACAUGA